AAGUUAAAUUAACAUAUAAAGUUGUAGUUUUUUCACAGCAACACGAUUUUUUAAGAAGACACAUUUUUAUAAAAACAAUUUAACUCGGUUUUUUUUUACAAACUCAAUCAAUAAUCAAAACUAUUGUUUAAAAAAAUACUGCCUUUCACCACGAGAGAGCGGUAUUGUCGUAUUAUUGAUUAUAGUACAGAGACUGCGGAAGUCUAUCCGUCAGGUGAAAUCCACCGUAAACUCUUCACGAGUUACAUAAACCCUAAUUACGUUUACUGUAUUUGUGCGGAUGGAGAUGUCAAGUAAGAUCAUCGAGUGACUCGCAAUCAGUCGCCAAGUGCCGCGAAGCGAGUGGCCAUUCCCAAUGGCGAUUCGAGCGUGACGUAUUUUACGCGCGAUAAACACGCGAUUUAAAAGAGUCUUACAAAAAUGCGUGCUAGCUCCGUUUAAGGCGCAUGCCGCGUGGAGAUACGGUCCUGCUUUUGUAGAUAUCGAGCGCGGCGAGGGCCGUUUCGGCAUAUCCUCGGUGUCGGUGUCGGCGUCGACGUCGACGUCGGCGUCGGCCCCGGCGUUGGCAUCGGCGCCGACACCGCUACACGAAACCAACGUCAACAGAUGUGACGCGUCGAGGGCAACGUCCGGAGUGGGGGGACGCUUAGCGAACGCUCCAUCAGGUACGCACCAGGACGCCCAGACAACACGUGUCAGCGUGAGCGUGAACGCGGCGUCGAGAGCGGCAGGAGAGCUCGACGCGAGUAGAAAUCGUUGGAAAUCGGUCGGCCGGUUUCUACGACGCCUAGCUUUCAUUAUGCUGCUAUUGGCAGCUACAUUUAGCGCACUGGCUGCAAUAGUCUUCUACAUGGGCCCGAUUUAUCUCAUGCAACUGUUCAUCGUGGUCUCCGUUGCGUACUUCGUCGCUGGUGGCCGCCUGAAAUGGUUCUACGUUGCUUUUAAGACAACACCACGUGACCUCAAGGGACUUACAAGAUAUGUUAGAUUGCUGUGGAAUAUACGUGGUCAUGCAAAGAAGAACAGGAACGUGGCCGAUGUAUUUAGAGAAUAUGUUAAACGUCAUUCAAAUAAAAUUUGCUUUAUAUUUGAAGAUCAAGAAUGGACUUAUCAACAGAUAGAGGAUUUCAGUAACAAAAUUGCAACGAUAUUUAAAACACAUGGUUAUAAAAAAGGGGAUGCAAUUGCUUUACUGUUGGAGAAUCGACCGGAAUUCGUUGCAAUUUGGCUAGGUCUGAACAAACUUGGUGUGAUAACGGCUCUGAUUAACACUAAUUUACGUAAAAGCAGUCUUUCGCACUGUAUCAAUAUUGCAAAUUGUCGAGCGCUUAUAUAUGGCAUCGAUUUUUGUGACGCUGUGACAGAUAUCGCCUCGUCGUUGGAUACUAAAUUAACAUUAUACAGAUUCGGAAAUCAUCCGAACCCAAUGUCAAUUGCGUUAAAAGAAAAAGACUUGAAUGCCUUGUUGGCGGAUACACCCGCAACAUUGCCAGCAGUACAAGAGAAAAGUAGUUAUCACGAUAAGCUUGUAUAUAUUUACACCAGUGGUACAACAGGUCUUCCCAAGGCAGCUGUUAUUACUAACUCAAGAUAUAUGUUUAUUGCGGGUUCAGUACAUUACAUAGGAGCCUUGAAUAAUUCUGAUAGAAUAUAUACACCUUUGCCAUUAUAUCAUACUGCCGGGGGAGUAAUGGCAAUAGGGCAGGCUUUGUUACAUGGACAUACAACAGUAAUUAGGAAGAAAUUUAGCGCCAGCGCGUACUUUGCUGACUGUAUUAAAUACAAAUGCACAAUUGGUCAAUACAUAGGGGAAAUGUGUCGGUACAUUCUGUCAGUACCAUCUAAAAAAGAGGAUCAGGAACAUAAUGUUAGAAUGAUUGUCGGCAACGGAUUAAGGCCACAGAUAUGGGAGGAAUUUGUAAAACGAUUUAAAAUUCCACAAGUGCUCGAGUUUUACGGUGCUACUGAAGGCAAUGCUAAUGUCAUGAAUUUAGAUAAUAAAAUGGGAUCAAUAGGUUUUAUUUCAAGAAUUAUUCCAUCGGUAUAUCCUGUUUCUCUUAUUAAAGUUGAUGAAGAAGGAGAACCUAUACGCAAUGCUAAAGGACUAUGUCAAGUCUGUGAACCACAUGAACCUGGUGCAUUUAUCGGAAAAAUCUUACCGAACAAUCCAACCAGGGCAUUUUUAGGAUAUGUGGAUGAAAAAGCAUCUGCCAAAAAAGUAAUUUAUAACGUUUUCACAAAAGGCGAUUCUGCGUUUUUGUCAGGAGACAUUCUUGUUUCCGACGAGUUUGGAUAUUUGUAUUUCAAAGACAGAACUGGAGAUACAUUUAGAUGGAAAGGAGAAAAUGUAUCGACUUCUGAAAUUGAAGCCGUAAUAAGUAAUUUUGUCAAUUAUCGAGAUUGCAUAGUAUAUGGUGUAGAGAUUCACGGUGCUGAAGGCAAAGCAGGAAUGGCAGCAAUUUAUGAUGCAGAAGGAACAUUGGAUAUGAAUAAAUUAACUGUCGAUGUUAAGGAACAAUUACCUGUCUAUGCCAGGCCGCAAUUUAUCAGGAUUCUGACAAAAAUUGAUCUCACAGGAACAUUCAAAAUGAAAAAGAAAGACCUGCAGGCAGAAGGAUAUAAUCUGCACAAAAUUCAAGACAAAAUAUAUUAUUUAAACGCGAAGCUUGGCUAUCAGUUAUUAACAUCAGAAGUUUAUGAUCAAAUUCAACAAGGAAAAGUCAAGUUUUAAGUACUUUGCAAAAUAUUAAUUACUCUAGUAUGCCAAAACUAGAGUAAUUAAUAUUUUGCGAAACACUUACUAUCAUGUAAAUAUACAUAGAUUAUUAUUAUAAGUGAAUCUCAGAAAUCUGAUUCACACUCGAACAGCAAAGUGACUACGAUAUUCCAGCUAUUAAAUGGAAUUACACUCAACGCAUUUCAAUGUAUUAAUAUUUAAUCAUAUUUGCAUCAAGUUUUUGUUCCGUCUGCUGAUUUUGCAGACACGGUAUGGUGACAAUAUAUUCAUAGAAAUUGAAGGGAACUAUUAAAUGAUAUGAUAACAGGUGGAUGAUAAAUCCUCGCACAGCUCAUAUAAAAUAUAUUUUAUAUAAACUGUUAAUAUAAACUGUUAAAAUAAAUUAUAUAUUAUAAUCUGGAUGCAGCUAAAACGUUCAAAUUUCACUUGAAUAUGUGAUAAUAAUUAAAAAAAUAUAUUUUUGUUUCAUUUAUGUUGUGUAUGUUUUUAAAUAUUUUCCAAUUUUAUAAUUUCAUUUCAACACAAUAUUUAUUCAAUGUUUCAUGUUUAUUUAAUCAUUUAUUAGUUAUGUCCAGAUCAUAAUACUUCUAAUUUUAUGUCAUUCUCGUUAAUAUUUAUAUUGUU